GUCGCCGCGUGACGCACUUCCUGUUUGUUGUUGGAGAAAGGAGAGAAAGGAAAGCGCGAGGUGCAGCCGUCACCGUCAGCAGCGCCGUCGUGCCGGAGCCGAGGGAGACCGGGCCCCUUCCCGCCGCGCCGUCCCCGCGUCCUCGGACUUGUUCCAACAGCCUGUUAAAACAUGGUGGAUUACUAUGAAGUUCUAGGCGUGCAGAGACAUGCCUCAGCUGAGGAUAUUAAAAAGGCAUAUCGGAAACUGGCACUGAAGUGGCAUCCAGAUAAAAAUCCUGAGAAUAAAGAAGAAGCGGAGAGGAAAUUUAAACAAGUAGCUGAGGCGUAUGAGGUGUUAUCAGAUGCUAAAAAACGGGACAUCUAUGACAAAUAUGGCAAAGAAGGAUUAAAUGGUGGAGGUGGAGGUGGAAGUCACUUUGACAGCCCAUUUGAGUUUGGCUUCACAUUCCGUAAUCCAGAUGAGGUCUUCAGGGAAUUUUUUGGUGGAAGGGACCCGUUUUCAUUCGACUUCUUCGAAGACCCAUUUGAGGACUUUUUUGGUAGUAGAAGGGGCCCCCGAGGAAGCAGGAACCGAGGCACAGGGUCAUUUUUCUCUGCCUUCAGUGGAUUUCCACCUUUUGGAGGAGGAUUUUCUUCUUUUGAUACAGGAUUUACUUCCUUUAGUUCCCUAGGUCACGGGGGCCUCACUUCCUUCUCUUCCACGGCGUUUGGUGGUAGUGGGAUGGGCAACUUCAAAUCCAUAUCAACUUCUACUAAAACAGUUAAUGGCAGGAAAAUCACUACAAAGAGAAUUGUCGAGAAUGGUCAAGAAAGAGUAGAAGUUGAAGAAGACGGCCAGUUAAAGUCUCUAACGAUAAAUGGUGUGGCGGACGAGGACGCCUUCGAGGAAGAGUGCAGGCGAAGAGGCCAGAACGCGCUGCCCUCCCAGCCCGCCAGCACCAGUGCCCGCUCACUGAGGUCACACAGGCCUGCCUCUCUACCCAAACACACGUCUCACUGUAUUUUUGAGGAUGAGGACGAGCAAGGCAGACAUCAGGCCACCAGCAGCUGGGAUCCCUCCGUGUUCUCAGCAGGAUUCAAAGAAGGUGGCAAGAGGAAGAAGCAGAAGCAGAGAGAGGAGUCGAAGAAGAAGAAGUCGACCAAAGGGCACCACUAGACUGGACCUGGCAGGCACGCUGGCACCGCCGAGCGCUGGCGCCUGGGCCACGCUGUGGUUGUGCGCAUGCGUUAGGUAGCGGCCUCUGCUUCGCCUCUGUCCCAAGACCACAGCGGCUCAGCACCGGGGACGCUGAUCCUGGGUCAGUCAGAUUAGGGGGGGCGGGAGACGACAGGAGUGACGACCGUGGGUGACGAUGGCAGAAGUGGGGAAGCCGCCUAGACCGUCUCUGCUUCUCCCCGGCACUAAAUCCAAUAGCCUUUCCUCUCGAGUGGUCCGCAGUCAGCUCCUCCUUUCAGCUGUCCAGCCCCUCUGCAGA